AAGAUGAAUGGAGGCAUCAGGAGACAUGAGCCACGGGUCAAGUGUACUCCUCUGUUAUAAUAAUAAAGUGCUCAUUUAUUACACAUGACGCCAUGCGAUACGUGACUGUGACGUGAUGUGUGAGAUGUCCAUUGAACAUUAACGAAGUAACGGAAAAGACCAAAUUAUUUUAACAAAAGACUAAUAUAUGUAUUUUAUUUAUUUAAUUCUUAUUAUUGCAUAGAUUCAGACUUGAUACAGCAGGGGAUUAAUAUUUUUUAAAACUUGUUUGUCUCAGCACGUCACACAGUAAUCAUAAUUUUCUAUAUCAAAAUGAGUGAGACAGAAUCAAAAGAUGACUUAGAAUCUGUCAUUAAGAUCCAGACCUUUGUAUUUUUUGAUUUGGAGACGACAGGUUUCAUUCAUGGCUCUAGUGUGCCCAGAAUAACCGAAAUAUCUCUCAUUGCAACUGCAAGAGAUUCCUUACUCAGUACGGACCUUACCUUGCCCAGAGUUUUGCACAAGCUCCUAAUCCCGCUGCAACCUAUGCGACUCAUUCCAUUGGAAAUUUCUAAAAUAACAGGUCUCUACAACGAUUUACUGGAACACGAGAAGUCGUUUGAUCACCAUGCAUCCGACUUAUUGAACUCUUUUAUCAGUAGGCUACAUCCUCCGGUAUGUUUUGUGGCUCACAAUGGAAACAGAUUUGACUACCCGAUUAUUUUGUCUGAGUUGAAUCGCAUCGGAGGGACUUUAUCCAAGAAUAUUUUAUGCGUUGAUUCGUUAGAUGCGUUUAAAAAUUUCUUUAACCACGGUCAUCCUGACGAAAGUAAAAAACCUAUUGCUCCGUUAAUUGUAUCCAGCGAUGAGAGUACAACAUUCUUUGAUGAUGGAUGCGACACAGAACUCUCUGUAGCCCUCGAUGCAUAUGAGGUCUCUUCGACGUCUCUAAGAAAUGAGUGCGUUGAUGUAAAAUACGUACAGUCAAGGCAAAAAUUAAAUGAGACAACACCAACGCAUCAGAAAAGCAAUCCAAUGAAUAUUAAACCACGUAAGCCCUUCAAGAACAAAGAUGGAUCACUAGCUAAAAAACGAUUGCCAUUUACCUAUGGUCCGCCCACUAAUUUCAAAUUGGAAACACUAUAUAGGCACCUCAUAGGUGUUGAUCCACGCAAUUCUCACUCUGCAGAGGAUGAUUCUUUAUCGCUGCUUACCUGCGUACUCAAAAUUGGUGUUUCGUUCGUUUCUUGGGCAGACCGCAAUGCUGGUCCAUUGAUUCGAUGUGCAAUAAAAAAGUAAUACAGCUUCAUCUUUUACAUGGAGUUUUAUUAUUAUGAGAUCUCAGUACCAAAAGAAGCUGUGAAUGUUGCUGUUAAAAUAAAUAUAGCAUGCUAGUUAGAGUUGCUGCUGAAUAAAAGUUAUCCAGAACAGGAAUGUAAACUAUGCAGAUACAAUGCAUAGCAUUUUUGCUCUACUAAGUUAAGUUGGGUUGAAAGAGAAAUUUGAAGUUAUUGCAAAAAUGGAUUUAUCCUUCAUAAUGAAUGUUCUGUGAUAUGCAAUCUUCUACCAUCGAUUACUCUAAUUUUUAUCAGAUUUUACCUAUUUAAAAUUCAUAUAUAUUUUUAAUUAAAACUAAGUCAUAUUUGGGUUUGCCAGACAAAAAAUCUACAAUUGAUUUUCGCGUAUAUUACUUCAUGCAUGUACAAAAAUCUUAUAUCUAAUAAAACCAAUGUGUACGGGGUAAAAAAAUAUUUUACAUAUCCUACCUAUAAUUAAAAAUGAUUAAAAGUAGCUAUAAAGUCAUAACAGCUGAAACACGUAUUAAAUAUAAAAUAUUUAUAAAAUAUGUGAUCGGAUAAAGGCUGAAACAAAUUUUAAACAAAUAGUUUUUAUAUGGAUAAAAUUUUCUAACUAAAAUAGUUUGUAUAACUGUAAUAAAAAUAUUUUUAAAAAACCUUUUAUAAACCUACGAUAUUAACGAGAUUUUAACAUAAUAUUGUCACAUGAAUUCCUAAUUUAGAAUUUUUUCCCGAUAAUGUACAAUAUCUAAAACUCCCGCUGACAUUUAUGCAACAUCCGCACUUUUAUGUACAGUGACGAAUAUCGUGCUGUACAAGUGUACGUCAAA